AUGGACACCAGUGUGACAGUGCCUGCUGCCGGCUCGAAAAGUGUCUUCGUGGCGUUCGCCAGUUGCAGUCUCCUCGUGGUCAUCAUGCUAUUCCUGUCCACGCUGGCCCUGGUCAAGCUGGGCACAUUUUCUAGGAGCAGUGACCACGCGGGUGUACGCUCGGCCGCCAAGGGUCACGGGGUCGCCGCCCAAAUCCAGGACCUCGUCACUCCGGAGGACAGUUUCACCAACCAGGUGACCCCGGUCGACCGCCGGGUGGCGGCGGUGCCUCACAGCCCCCACCGCGGACGGUUUCCUCUGCUCCCCGCCGAGCUGUACACGAACGCCAGCCACCAGUACUUCUGUUUCUACCAGGCGCGAGCCGAGCGUCCCGAGUCGGCUGGUCUUCUGUUCGGCCUGCCACUCUUCCCGUACCACCUGUGCACUCACGCGGUGUUCUGCUGCGCGCACCUCAACGAGUCAUCACUGCAGAUUGAGGCGCCCAGCGAUGCACACGGGUUCCCGCGAUACCUGCGUGGUCUGAACCCGCACCUGCGCCCAGUGCUGGGACUUAGCGGCAGAAUGCCCGCCGCUAUGAUGAGCGGCUCUGACUGGAUAUUUCUCGAGAGCUCCAUAGUCUGGCUAACGCCCCGAGAGUACCAAGGCGCCGUGCUCCUGUGGAAGGUCUCGCUGGAAACGCUGGCGGCGCGGCGGGGCUACAGCGAGCUCCUGGAGCGCGUAUCCCGCCGGUUCAGCCGCGAAGGUUUUGUCUUCAGCGUGCUCGUGGACACUGGGGACAGCCUGAACCAGCGGCUCAACCUAGGUGAGCUGGAUGCUGCGUUGCCGUCCAGCAACCUCCACUCGACGGCCUCCAUCAUGCUGUAUCCGAUAGUGAGUGAGCCGCCUGUGGCCCUCAGCCAAGGCGUCCAGGACUCGCGAUCUGCUGUCCUCUACGAGAAGAGCAGGCUCCGCGAGGCGCUCAAACAACUUCAGUCGACGCUCACGCAGGAUCCGGAGCCACUGUCGCCUUCACUGGGAGGCUCUGGUCGCAGCGGUCGUCCAGCGGGCGUCAGUCAGUCGGCCGCGAGCAAGCUGUGCUACGUGAUCUCUUUCGCCGGCGUCACGUACAAGUUCUGGGACAGCAACGUGACCGGUGUCCAAGAGGUAGUGUAUGGACCAGGAGAUCCAGGCCCCAUCACAAAGACACCCGGAGAGCUCGCCUACUACGAGAUAUGCAACGAGGUGUGGGACUCAAGCCAAGUGUUCGAGUUUGGCGUUGUGUCAAAGCAGGGUGCCAACUGGGUGUCGCACCUCACCGAGUUCGUGGUGCCCCCGUUGGCGCGUUACCUCCGCGACCAGUUCGGAGCGCGCUGCUUCGGCGUCUGGAACCUCUGGCACGACGAUUUCGCAGGCGUCUGCGGGGGUGGUCAAUACCCGCUAAUGAGGAACCUCUUCGGCGUCUUUUCUGACCGACGAUGA